AUGUCUCUCACGUCAGCUUUCCUCCUCGUAAUCCUGUCCCUGUCUCUCUCUGCAGCCCGUGAGUUUCUCACAGGGGACACUGGGCAUCACGUCGGAUCAAACCAGAACAGUCAGACAGCCACCAAAAGCGGGGGAAUCCUACUUCAAGAUAUCUACGCCCUUCAAAAGCUUCGGCGAUUCAACACCGAACGAAUUCCGGAACGCGUAGUGCACGGACGUGGUGCAGGAGCGCAUGGGGAGUUCCGCUCGUUUGGAAAUUUCUCAGACCUCACUGCUGCUGAGUUUCUUUCCAAACGUGGAAUUGAGACGGAGGUGUUUGUGAGAUUCAGUACGGUUAUCCAUGGAAAGCAUUCACCAGAGACAGUGCGAGAUCCUCGAGGCUUCGCUGUCAAGUUUAAAACGGCCACAGAAGGAAACUAUGACCUCGUUGGGAACAACCUUCCCGUGUUCUUUAUCCGCGACCAUCUAAAGUUCCCGGACAUGGUGCACAGCCUGAAGCCGGACCCUGUGACGAACCUCCAGGACCCGAACCGUUACUUUGACUUUUUCUCUGCCCUCGGCGGCAUGGCGACGCACAUGUUGACGUACCUGUACUCAGACCUGGGGAUCCCCCGAGGAUACCGCUUCAUGGACGGACACAGCGUGAACGCGUACAAGAUGGUGAAUGCGAAGAAGCAAGUCAAGUACGUGAAAUUCCGGUGGUUGUCGAAGCAGGGCGUGCAGAACCUGACGCGCGCGGAGGCGGCGCAGGUGCAGGGCGCGGACUUUAGCCACGCGACGCGGGAUCUGUACGACGCGAUCCGGCGCGGGGACUUCCCGACGUGGGAGCUGGGCGUGCAGGUGAUGGACCCGUCGCAGCUGGACGACUUCGACUUCAACCCGCUGGACGCGUCGAAGGAUUGGCCGGCGCGGCAGUUCCCGUUCACGGCUCUCGGGGAGCUGAAGCUCAACCGGGUGCCGGACAAUUUCCACCUGGCGUCGGAGCAGUCUGCGUUCUCGCCCGGCAACUUUCUGCCGGGCAAGAUCGAGCCGUCCGAGGACCGGCUGCUGCAGGGCAGGCUGGUGUCGUACCACGAGUCGCAGAUGCACCGGCACGGGUCGAACACGUUCCAGUACCUGCCGGUGAACCGGGCCAAGUCGGCGGUGCGCAACUACAACCAGGACGGGGUGAUGGUGAUGGAGCACGCGUGGAAGGGGUCGGUCAACUAUGAGCCGAGCAACGACGCGGACGCGUACGUGGAGGAUAAGAGGUCGUUGUACUCGACGCGGGAGAUAUGCGGCAAGAACGAGCAGGGGCCGAUCGAGAAGACGCUCAACUUCCGGCAGGCCGGAGAGCUGUACCGGGCGUUCUCGGAGCAGCAGCGCGCCAACCUGGUGGGGAACCUGGCGGUCGAGCUCAGGACGUUGCGGUCGCAGAAGAUUCUACACACGAUGUGCGCGCACUUGUAUAAGGCGGAUGAGGAGUACGGGCGCAGGGUGGCCGAGGCCGCAGGGUGCACGCUGGCGAAGGUGAGGGAGAUCGCGAGCGGGUUGAAGGAAUAGGGCGUGGGUGCGGGCGACAGGGAGGGGCGACAGGGAGGGGGGUUUUACCUAGUGUAGUUUAGUGAUUGUGCAUGAAGGUGGGGUUCGAUGUUUUAUAUUGGGGGGGGGGGGGUAAGAUGAUGGAUGCAGAGUAGUUUCGUUGUCGUCGGGGGAAGGAUUAGUGGCGAGAGGCAGGGAUUUGUACAAGUAAACAGCAGGUGCGUUGGUCAA